GCAGUGUGAUGUUCAGGGUCAGAAAUGCCUUAUGUGGAUCGUCAGAAUCGCAUUUGUGGUUUCCUAGAUAUUGAAGAAAAUGAGAAUAGUGGAAAAUUUCUGCGGCGGUACUUCAUUCUGGACACACGAGAAGACAGUCUGGUGUGGUACAUGGAUAACCCACAGAAUCUUCCCUCUGGAUCUCCACCUGUUGGAGUCAUUAAACUUACUUAUAUUUCAAAGGUUAGCGAUGCAACUAAGCUAAGGCCAAAGGCAGAAUUCUGUUUUGUUAUGAAUGCAGGGAUGAGAAAAUACUUUCUACAAGCCAAUGAUCAGCAGGACCUAGUUGAAUGGGUAAAUGUUCUGAACAAAGCUACCAAAAUCACAGUACCAAAGCAGUCUGAUCCUCUCUGUCAAAUGGAUAAUGCAAAUCGUCAAGCUGAAAGCCCAGGUGGAAAGAAGCAAGUCUCUUACAGGACAGAAAUUGUGGGUGGCGUUCCUAUCAUUACACCUACCCAGAAAGAAGAAAUCAGUGAGUGCAGUGAAGGGGGUGAUAGGAGUUAUUUGAAGCGGUCACAAAGUCACCUUCCUUAUUUUACUGCUAAGCAUCCCCCAGAUAAUGCUGUUAUCAAAGCUGGCUAUUGUGUAAAACAAGGAGCCGUGAUGAAGAACUGGAAGAGAAGAUACUUUCAGUUAGAUGAAAACACAAUAGGAUAUUUCAAGUCUGAACUAGAAAAGGAACCUCUCAGGGUUAUACCACUUAAGGAGGUCCAUAAAGUUCAGGAAUGCAAACAAAGUGAUAUAAUGAUGAGAGACAAUCUCUUUGAAAUUGUAACAACUUCUCGAACCUUUUAUGUACAGGCGGACAGUCCAGAAGACAUGCACAGUUGGAUAAAAGCAAUUUCUGGGGCCAUUGUAGCACAGCGGGGACCUGGAAGAUCAGCAGCUUCCGAGCAUACAGAGUCUUCUUCCGAACCCAACCAUGCUCUCCGUUCUGCCAUCCCAGCCUCAGCCACCUCACAUUCCACAGCCGCUCACGACAGCCCUCUGGUCCCAAACCCUCACGCCAAAUACCCUGCCUUGGAGAAGCGAGGAUUUCACGAAUCUUUUACCAAGGCCAAGCCAGGGAGCUACAAGAUCCAGGUUGUCGCUCCAAGAGAAUCAGCUUCCAAAGUGACUGAACGGGGCCACUCGGAACCCCAAAGUAAAAAUGGCACUCAGGAACAGGAUCCUGGCCUUGUGGAUCUGGAUGAUGCAAGCCUUCCAGUUAGUGAUGUGUAGUGAUGGAAGUGUUUGGAGAAUGAUCCAUUUGUUCGGUCCUCUAAUUUCCGUGCUUGGACUUUUAACCAAAGAGAAUUAUAGGAAAUGAGAACAAAAAACCAGAACACUGAUAUUUUUUUUAUAUAUAUAUGUGUGUGUGUGUGUUUCCAUGCACACAUGUGUAUAUAUAAUGUGUUUGUAUAUUGCCUUUCAGCUGAGGGUCAGAAUUGGACCUUACGCAUUUUCUCAAAGCCUGAUAGUAAAUCACUUACUAGGGAGGGGCCAAACUGCACAAUUUAAAAGGAAAAAAAAACCCAAAAGACAAAAACAAAAAAGUACUUCUGCAAGUAAGCAAGGUACCAGUAACUUUGCAUUCCUAAUUUGGGAAAUUUACUAAACUUAUAACUAAUGCUAUAUUGUGGAGAACUUACUGCCAACAAAUGUGAUGAUUUAAUUUCAUUUUGAACUACAGUAAGAUUUUAGGCAUAGAUGAGAAUAUGACUUUCAGAUACCAGGAAAUGCACAAAAUGUUUCUUCUGUUCUUUAGGAUCAACAGUGUCAACUGAUUUGUUAUCAGAACAAGAAUUCUGAACUCCCUUGGGAUUCUAAUUAUGGUGCUGUAAAAUUUCCACUAAAAUAAUACUUUGAAUAGUCAGCCUAUUUUUGAUGCACUCCUAAAGGUGGGUUAUAACUUUUUGCACAUUUGGAUAUUAAUGGACUGCAUGUAAUAGUGUUUCGGAGCGGGGAGAAGAGAAAUUGGACUUUUGAAUUUGGACACUUUAGAUCUUUUGAACUAAGUAGGGUUUAUAUUGUGUUACAUUAGGCUUUGCAGCAAUUAUUUUUCUUAAAUGUCUAAACGUAUCGUUUGAUUACUGUCUUGAGAAUGGUUUUCUUAUCAGUGCUUUGUGAACAGUUCUUGUUUCUAUAUUAAUCAGUGGAAGACCUCCUUGUUUAGUUUUGUCAUUAUUGGUACUGAACUGUUCAUAGUCACGCAACUGUGGCCUAUAACUUUUGGUGCACUAAUAAUCUUAAGUGCCUGUGUUUUUUCUCACAUUGUUGAAACACUUUUGGAUUAGUUAUGUACACAAACCAUUCUUAAUGGUUUUGAACGUUGGCUUGGAGUUGCUCUGAAUAGCAUAGUUCAAAACAGCUAUUCAAAAUAGAAAAUUUAUGCUAGGGAUACCAGUGUUCUGGUAUUGCACCUACUAGCUGUGCAAUAUGUUUUUAAAAAAAUGGGUGUUUGUUGUUUGUGUACACUGUGUUAUGGGGCUUCAGUGAUGCAAAUGAAAAGAACCUUUACAUUUCAAGUAUUGGAUUAGGUUGAGUGUGUACUUUUCAUCGUUUUUGAAAAAUGCUUGCUUUAAUCAAAACCCCACAAAUAUCUCAUGCUGCUGCUUACUGUGAUUCAGAUUGUCCAGCUUUAUGAUAGUUUUUUUUUGUCUACUGUAACCUAAGAUACAUAUCAUACAAGUCCAUCUUCUCUCCAACUUCCAAACUGACUUCCUGCUUGAGAGAUACGGAUGGCUUUGCCACAAUAACUUGUUGAUCCAAGGAUAGAAUAAUUGGUGUCAUAUAAGAAUGAAAUAUAAUCUAAUUUCAAAACCUUAAAUUAUAUCAGCACCUUCUUUUUUUUCACCCAUAAGCUAACUAACCACUGUCUUAAGGCAGUGGUGUUUGUAAAUUACUGGUUUUGUUUGACUCUUUAGAUAUAUGUGAAAACUAGCACAGAAUUGGAAGUUACUGUAAAUGUCUGAACUAGUAUUGUAGGUUUUAACUUCUAUAAAGAUAAAACAAUAGCUCUUUAAAAGCUUAUUUUUUCACAAGUACAUUCUGUGUGGAAGACACUUUGCAUUGAAAUAUUUUUACUGUAGUCUAACAUCUGAAAUCACUUCUCUGGUACAGCUUUCACACUGCAUGUUCAUUUUAUUAUAUUUUGGUAUUGGCAGUUUUACACAUUGGGUGGAGGUAAAGCAGCUCCAUUAUGGGACUUAUAAAAAGAGGAAAAAAGAAAAAAGAACUACUGUUGUAGUUCAGUAGCAUAGGGAAAUAUUUGUGGUUGGUAAUUGUCAGGGUCUCCUAUUUAUCAGUACUUUUAUAAAUCUAUGAAAAUUGUUAAAUUAUUUUAGAAACAGUGCUGUAAAUAUGUCACAUUUAAAUUGUCAAUAAAUCAGUUUGGGUAAUUUAAAA